AUGAAUGACUCUGUGACAUCUACCCCCUAUGAAAGUCUGGAUACUAGUCUUGAAGCAGACGACUUCAAUGCGGUUGUUGAUGGCUUACUAGGGGGUGCAGGCACUGCAACUAGUUAUGACGAGAAGAGAGACGAAGCUAAAGGGUGUUUACAAGAUGAUAAACAAAACAGUGCCGAAGAAAACUACAAAGAAAAGGAUGUUACUAGGGACACAAACUCUCCUAAUGUCGACAUUCGACGACAUACAAACUCUCCAAAUGUCAAUGCUCAGCGUAAUACAACCUCUCCUAAUGUCAACGCUCAGCGUAAUACAAACUCUCCUAAUGUCAACGCUCAGCGUAAUACAAACUCUCCUAAUGUCAACGCUCAGCGUAAUACAAACUCUCCUAAUGUCAACGCUCAGCGUAAUACAAACUCUCCUAAUGGACAAGAGGCAAGGGCAAAUACGUCAAAUUCUAGUCAAAACUCGGCCAACACAACAGGAAAUCCUGGACAAAGGAAUCAACAAGCAAACAAGAAAGUAGCCAAGCAUCCUGAUUACUCUGAUGAACUUAAGAGACGUGGGACCUUCCGAAAUUGGCCAGCACGAAUGCAACAGUCACCAGAAAUGAUGUCAGGGGCUGGAUUUUUCUUUUCAA